CAGGAAAUGACUGACAAAUAGGAAAACUGAGAGAAACUAAACAUAUUUAGCCUUAUUUGUUAUGUCCGAGUCGGCAGGCGUUGUCAGUAAACUCACGGACGGGUUUCUUAGUUUUGGGGAAUCGUUCAUACCAAGUUCCUAUGUGACGUCCUUCAGGGAACUCAUCUUGGACAACGAAAAUACGAUCGCGCUUCAAAUUCUGGCCGCAGUCAGUCCAUUCCCCGGGAAAGAGAACGCAGAGAGUCAGAUAAUGACCAUAUGAAAAGAGAGUGACACGUCUGGAUCUGACCUAUACUCUUACAAAACAGGUUGAACCAAAGACUGACAAUGGCAGCCAUCAAGAGAUUCUUCCAGAAGAAGAAGCUAGAUGUGAAGUUUAAGAAGGCAGGAGAAGGUCACAAGCUGACCGAGGAAAGACACCCUGCCCCAAGACCAACUGGGCAGAUGUUCGCCUCCAGUUCAAACCGACCUCAAACCACGGCAGAUGCAAAGAGAGCUGGUGAAGCGGCUCUUGCCAGAUUCGAGACAGAAAAGACUGUUCAAGAUGAUCAGAGUUUCCAGUUGGCACGAGUCAGGAUGAAGAAGCAGAUGGAGGCUGAGAAGAAAGCUAUUGCAGAGGCAGAGGCCGCAGGAGCAGGGUACAGAGCAGAACCCACCACAGUAGUCAAGGACUCUGCCCCAGUGCUCUCUGAAGUCCUCUUUAAGUCGGAGAUCGGCCCCGUCGUCCUGACCAAGAUGGAGAUGGAAGCGUACAUCCACGAGUACCUCCUGGGGAGCCUAGUGGAGGAGCCCGAAAUGACCUCAGCCCUCAUGAUCCACACCCUCAACAAGAACAAGGACAAGGUGAAGGUCGGGAUCGAUACCCUCCUGAAGUACAUUGACAACAUCAUUGCUCACCCAGGGGAGGAGAAGUACAGCAAGAUCCGGGUCAACAAUAAAGCAUUCCAGGAGAGGGUAGCCAGUUUGGAGGGAACUCAUGAGUUCCUUCAGUCAGCGAGGUUCAACGUUGUAACGCUUCCACUUGAAGACCAUGAAGAACAGUUCUAUGUCAUGUCCACUGAGGAGACCAAAGAAGAAGAAAGGCUGAAAAAUCUGAAAGAAGUUUUGCUAGCUGCAGAACCUUUAAGGCCUCAGCUUGACCGAUGUUUGAGAGUAUUUCAUGCAUCAGGUUCCGCAUCCAAGUUCGUUAUUCCUGAUGAGUUUUACAACAUUACACCGGAGGAGUUGAAGAAAGAGCAACAGCGACAGACUGAUGCUGUUGAGAAGCUGGGCAUGCUCCGAACAAAAGCUAUGCGAGAGAGGGACGAACAGCGUGAGCUUCGACGGUACCGUUAUGCUUUACUUAGAGUUAAAUUCCCGAAUGGAAUUCUGUUGCAAGGGACUUUCAGGACUGUUGAGAAAUUGCAAGCAGUUCGUGAGUUCAUUCGUGAGAACCUGGAAGAAGAUUGGAUGCCCUUCCAGCUUAUUACCUCAUCUGGGCACAAGCUGACCGAUGAUGCUUUGACAAUAGCCGAAGCAGGAUUGGCACCAGCAGCUGUUGUGAACUUUUCAUGGGACCCUACUGUCAUGGCGGAGAUCACUGCCCAAAAGGGUAAAACGCAGGAAGGGAACUAUUUAAAAUCUGAUGUUCUUGCUUUGAUACAGUCGUUGUGAGGUUGAGUGAGUCUUCUGCAUGCUGGUCACCUUGACAACCCUGAUACAUCUCUGUGGAUAACGCUGUCCCUAUCUAAUUUUGGUUGUGAUGUGAGUCUAGUUAGCAAGUCAGGAUUAGUUCUACCGAGGGUGAAUUCUGACAUAGUGCUGUAGCAAGGAUUGAUCUUCACCUGCUCAGAGGCCAGUGCUGGGCACAAGUCUGCAGCAAUAUCCAUGAAAUCUCCAAAUUGGAAUUAACCAUAUCUCAGUUUGUGUUGAUACAGUUUAUUUGAUGUAAUGAGGGGCGGUGGAUUAGCCUAUGGUUAAAGCGUUCGCUCGUCACACCUAAGGCCUGGGUUCGAUUCCCUACAUGGGUAAAAUGUGUGAAGCCCAUUUCUGGUGUCCCCCCCUGUGUUGUUGCUGGAAUAUUGCUAAAAGUGGCAUAAAACCAAACACACUAAUUGAUGUAAUUACUGUGUAGAGUUUACAAGAAUAUAACUGAUAACUAAUAUAGAUGAAUGAGAUUAAUUCUUAAGCCAAUAAUGCACUUAAUGCAGCAUGAGCACUUUUGUCAGAAAUAGCAUGAUUAAACAAACAAAACACCAAUUUUAGAAAAAAGAAGACUGUUUUCCAAUAUGUCUGCCACGGGAACCUCGUGUAGAAUGUGUGAUAAAUCCCUGUGUAAGUGGCUCUGCAGAGUUGUGUCCCUUUGGUGUAGCAGGUAUCUAUGGUCCUGGGUUUGAAUCCUAGAUUUAUCAUGUUCAUCCAGUUUGUACUUUUAGGUUCGUCAUCUUCAUCCUCAUGGUCUGAGAGGUAUUAUUUCGUACAUUUUGUAGGACAAUAAAGUUUGAGUCGUGUAUGUAUGAAGCAAGUUAUUUUCGCAAUCAUUGUGCCAGAGAGAAGGGAAAUCAUGACAAAUUUCAACAAAAAAUAUAUCAUGUUAUAUGAUUUGUGUUAUAUAAUUUAUAAAGUGUUGUCUCUGAAGCAAAUCAGUGUAGCAUCGUGAUGUUAAUGAUGAUGAUAAUGACCAUGAUGAUGAAUAUGAUAAAGGACUUGAUGAUGAACUAGAUCAGGAUGAUGGUGAUGAUGAACAAGAUAAUGAUGACAGCGAUGGUGGUGGUGAUGAUGAUGAUGAUGAUGAUGAUGAUGAUGAAGAAGACUGUGAUGAUGAUGAUAAUAGACAAUUCAUUGUUCUGUGAGUUGUCGAGGUUCUGCAUGCCAUCAUGUAGUUUGAGUGUUACAUUGUUACAUGUGUUAAAUUUGUUGUCAGGUUACCAUGGUGAUUUAAAUUCUUGGAUUUAUCCAACACAUCACUUGUUUGUAAAGAAUUUCAGAUGUUCCAGGUUUCCUCCCUUCAGCUGAGAUACUAGCAUUAGCAUGUAUUUGAUUUGGUGCUCUCUCACUUGAUCUCACUGUUUGAGACCUUCACGUUUCAGAAUGUUUUGAUUAUUUACAAACAAGAUCUACUGUAUUUUGUCGACUCCUAGAAAGUGUUUUAUUAUCUUUGUAAAUGACUUAUUUAGACCUGUCCAUGCCUUAUCCUAGAUACUCCAUUCGAUUACAAGGCAUAUGUAGCAUUUCAAACAUUAUUUUAAUUACCUGGCCACAAUUUGUAUGUUCUCAACUCUUGGUUAGGGACCAUUCAUUAACUAGCUAGGGAUGAUGAGGAUGAUGAUUUUUACGGAGUAGCAUGUACAAUGUGAAUGACCACCCCUAAAAUUUAUGUUCAAGUUAGUCCCCCCCCUUCUCCCCCCCAUGUCACGUACAAAAUCAUGACACCCCUAGUACAUGCAUGAAUCCCCACCACCACACACACAUCUCCCCCAGAACAAAAUAGGUGACCCCACCUUUAAAGUUAAAGUCAACAUCACCCCCUAGCCUUAAAUUAUGUUGAGUCCCUUACAAUAUGUUGAUGAAAUGCUGUGUUAAGAUAUUGUUAAGUGAGAUUUGGAUGAUGUUGGUAUGUGUGACCAAAUUACUUACUGUCACCACUACUCAGCACUAUCAUCUUGGCCAUUCCCUACCCUUUUUGUCUGUCUGAAGUACUGACAGAGCAACAUAUAUUCAACCUUGUUCCUGUAUAUAGUCGGAAUAUUAGUGGAAGCAGUCAGAGUUGUCCCCAAACAUGGACAUGAUAUUAAACCAGAUAGCUAGUACCUGCCAUACCCUCCAGUAUGUUUAACGGUGUGCAGAUCCCAGAUAGCAGUGUAGAAAGAAUGGAAGUGUGUGGUGUGAUCUGAUUGGCUGAAUCUUGAGUUAUAUAGUUAGACAAAACAGACCUGUGUUAUUGAACUGACCCUUAUCUGGAACUCCCUGCUCUAAUCUACUUUGUCUUCUUUUUAUCAAAUUGAACCAUAGAUGUUCUAUAUAAUCUGCCACCAGCUUAAAUUUAGUGUGUUUCAUCUCAGAUAAACCAGUCAUCUGCAAGCAAUUAUUUUUAAUAUAGAAAAGAAAAAAUGAGGAGAGAAAAUAUAGAAUUUUGGAUGGGCUGAAAUGCGAAACACAUAAUGUUAGAAACAUUAAUUUAUCAACAGAGAUGAUCAGUCUGUUAUGUAUUAUCAUGAUUAUUAUCAUGAUGCAUAAUUAUGAUGUUAAUGAAGGUUGUUCACUGAUAACGUUCAACUAAUGGUCUUCUUAUCAGCAAGCUGACACCGUGUGAAAGCUUCUGUCAAGAUGACAAGGCUUCCUAUGAACAUGUCUUCAUAAAAGGCCAGAAAGCAAAUUGCUGCAAGACUGGUGUUUAUCAGACCCAGCAGCUUUGCUCUGAUUGGCUCCAUGUGUGGCUCCAUGUGUGUGUGGCUCCAUGUGUGGCGGUGGCUCCAUGUGGCUCCAUCUGUGGCUGCAUGUGGCUCCAUCUGUGGCUUCACUGAUUACCAACCCUCUUGUAUUCUUAGGAUCAGAUUUGCUAGGGAAGGUUACCCAUCGGUUGCUAAUCUCCCUCUUGUAAGCAUUUGUGAUUCCCUGAACAUACACUGUUUUGGAAUCGUUUAGAAUCAGUAGUGUUUGCAAUCAAUGUCCCAUCCACUUAUGAUCUUUUAACAAAUGUUUCCAUUUGGUGAUUCCAUAAUUUUAAAGUCAUGUUUUAAGUUUUGAGGGUAAAAAGUUACGAAUGGGUGCACACAAAAUGAUUGUUUUCAUAAAUGCUUAUGUUUGAUUAUAGGGUUAGUCAAUCUUUCAGCAAACAAGUAUUAAAUAUGUAUGAUAGUGGCAGUGGUUCCAUGGUAUGGCUUUAUUAGCCAUCUUUGACGCUUCCAAUUCAAUCCUACUGUACCCAUAAUAGUGUUGAUUGGAAGAGGAAAAUAUAGGCCGCUUAAAUUGCAUGCUUACCCAAUGUCUAUGUGCUUGUGCAUAUGAAUACUUUGAUUGGAUUGUGGUCUGUAAAUUUGUUUUUGUAUAUUUAUAAAUUUAUUAUUGACUGGUGAA